AUGCCGAAGGGCAAGGGCUACUAUACGUUGAAAUUUCAUUCUAGUGAGGACAAGGCUAUUGCGAAGUCGCAGCUGAUCUGGCAGCUUUCAACCGGAUCUUUACGUCUCCGGGAGUGGGUAAGGUAUUUCAAUCCUUACAAGGAAUCUUCUUCUCUGGCGCAAGUCUGGGUUCGUAUAUAUUAUUUACUUGUUGAGUUCUGGCAUCCGGAGGUUUUAUCCGGGAUUGGGCGAUGGCUGGGGCAGCCGCUAAAGAUAGAUGGGAAUUCGAUUGAUGAUGAAGUUGCACAGUAUGCUCGUAUCUUUGUUGAAAUUGAUCUUGCACAGCCGCUCGCGGAAAGCAUGGUGAUUGAUGGGGGUGACUAUUAUUUUAAUAUUGAUCUUAGUUAUGAAUAUAUUCCCCUCUAUUGUACGAAAUGUAAGAUCGUAGGACAUUCUGUGGAUCGAUGUCGCAAGGGGAAAAAGGUAGAAAAGUAG